CAGAAAACGGAUUGCUUUUAGGUUCCAUGCAAAAUCAUCCUCUCCCUAAAAAAGGACGAAAAUUUGAAAUUACCGUCUCCGAGCUCCAUCAAUGGUGGCCGGAAAAGUUCGAGUGACUUUGGGCUUCCACAAGUCCCCUUCCAACAAGCGCAAGCAGCAACAGCACCACCAGUCGGAGAUGACCCCUCCUCCUCCUCCUCCUCCUGCGCCGCCGUCUGGCUCCGCCGGAAAACCGGCGAAUCAUGGUUCCAAUCAGAAGGCGGUUUUCUCCCGCUCUUUCGGAGUUUACUUCCCACGCGCCUCCGCUCAGGUCCACGCCGCCACUCGCUCUUCUCCGCCGGACCAAGGGGUCGCCGACCUUCUCCGUCAGGUGGAGGAGCUCCGGGAGAGAGAGGCUCUCCUGCAGACGGAGCUUCUCGAGCUCAAGCUCCUCAGAGAAUCCGUCUCCGUGAUUCCGAUCCUGGAAUCUCAAAUCUCGGAGAAGAAUGCCGAGAUCGAGGGUGCGAGGAAGGCGACGGUGAGAUUGGAGGAAGAGAACGAGAGAUUGAGGCGAGAAAUCGAAGCCUGGAACGCAAGAAGCGAAGAGCAGAGGAGAGAGAGCGAGAGGAGGGAGAAGGAGCUGGAAGCGGAGAUCGUAGGGCUCAGGAAAAUGGUGACGUUGAGGGAAAGUGAGGAGCACGCGCUCUCGGCUUCGCAGAGGUUUCAGGGUUUAGUAGAGGCGUCGGCGAAAUCGAAUCUCAUGAGGGGCUUGAAACGGGUCGGGUCCUGGAGGAAUGUACCCGAUCCGAAUCCGGAGCCCAGCGGAGACGGCGAAAUCUGCGUCGGACUUGGCGGUUUUCCGAGGAAAGAUGAAACAGAGAGUCAGAGACCGAGUCACUCCGAGUAGAUCGAGACGGAGUCAUCGCUCUCUGCCGUCAGAUCUAGGGUUCCUCGUGUCCCAAAACCACCGCCGAAACGGUCCUUUUCAUCCAACGGAUCAGGUGAUUCCACGGAGAACAGAGCCGCGCCGGCGACGCAGAAGACGGCUUCUUCUCCUCCGCCGCCUCCUCCAAUUCCGCCGCCUCCGGAGACUGUUUCCAAGGCUCCACCGCCGCCUCCUCCUCCUCCGCCGAAAAGCCUUCACUCAGCGCCGGCGAAAGUAAGGAGAGUGCCAGAGGUUGUGGAGUUUUACCACUCGCUCAUGCGUAGAGACUCCAUGAGCUCAAGGCGAGAUUCCGCCGGAAACAGUGGAGGUGGCGCGACGGAGACAUUACUGGCGACGGCGAACGCCCGCGACAUGAUCGGAGAGAUCGAAAACCGGUCGUCCUAUCUCCUAGCGAUAAAAACCGACGUCGAGACGCAAGGUGAUUUCAUAAGGUUCCUAAUCAAUGAAGUCGAAAACGCAGCGUUUUCUGACAUAGAGGACGUCGUACCCUUCGUUAAAUGGCUCGACGAUGAACUCUCGUACCUGGUGGAUGAGAGAGCAGUGCUUAAACAUUUCGAUUGGCCUGAACAAAAAGCCGACGCAUUGCGUGAAGCAGCCUUCAGUUAUUUCGAUCUGAAGAAACUCGAAUCGGAAGCAUCUCGAUUCCGAGAUGAUCCUCGUCAACCAUCGGGUCCUGCUCUUAAGAAAAUGCAGGCUCUCUUUGAAAAGUUAGAGCAUGGUGUUUAUAGUCUUUCGAGGAUGAGGGAAUCGGCGGCGACAAAGUACAAGACUUUCCAGAUUCCGGUCGAUUGGAUGCUCGAGACGGGAAUUACGAGCCAGAUCAAGCUGGCAUCAGUGAAACUGGCGAUGAAGUACAUGAAGAGAGUAUCGGCGGAGAUAGAGGCAAUAGGCUCCGACGAGGAGGAGUUGAUCGUUCAAGGUGUCAGAUUCGCCUUCCGUGUUCAUCAGUUUGCGGGAGGUUUCGACGUGGAAACGAUGAGAGCAUUCCAAGAGCUGAGGGACAAAGCGAGGACGUGUCAUCAUCAUGCCCAAUGCCAAAACCAGACACAUCAUCAACACAAACUUGUCUCCCGACCUACCCCUUGCUGAAACAAGAUUUCACUACAAAUCUUUCUGCAGCAAUCUCGGCUUCAGAACAAUCCCUUCUUCACCCUUGUUUUGUUUUGUUAGUUUGGUCUUUGUAUUUUUUUUUUAAUUGUAGGGACAGUAAAACAAAAAAAAGGCCCCCCAUGUGAAUAGUAUGGUCAUGCAGAAAGAACAAUCCGAUUUCUCAUGCA